UUUAAAGCUCCAAUGCGAGCAAUGCACUCUUCAGCUCCUGCUUGGAGUUCUUUCUCACUCUCCCAUUUUAGAUUUUGAUUCAGUACUCCUGGAUUUCUCUUGAUCGAAAUUUUUAUUUUUAUUUAUUUAUUUUUUUUUUGCUUCUUGUCUCUGUUCCAAAUCCCUACUUCUAUGAAGAAGUUUCAAUUCUUUGUUUUUUUGGUGGAAAGUUUAAGAUCGUAGGGCACUUGCAUUUGCGCAGUUGGGACGAAGAACAGAUAUGUAAUCCGUAUUUUUAUCUGAAAAUUUGAGUUCUUGAGUGAUCGGAGGGAGCAUGGAGGAGACAUUUGUGCCUUUCAGAGGCAUAAAAAAUGAUCUAAAAGGGAGAUUUCUGUGCUACAAGCAGGACUGGACUGGAGGGUUCCGGUCAGGCGUUAGAAUUCUGGCUCCCACGACCUACAUCUUCUUUGCUUCAGCAAUUCCUGUAAUUUCAUUUGGAGAGCAACUGGAGAGAAAUACUGAUGGUGUGAUUACAGCAGUGCAAACCCUAGCAUCCACUGCAAUUUGUGGGAUAAUACACUCAAUAAUUGGAGGUCAGCCUUUGCUGGUCCUUGGAGUUGCAGAACCUACAGUCCUCAUGUACACAUUCAUGUUUAAUUUUGUGAAAGAUAAAGAAGAAUUAGGCAGAAAGUUGUUUCUGGCUUGGACUGCAUGGGUGUGUGUGUGGACUUCUUUCCUGUUAUUCCUACUGUCUAUUCUCGGCGCAUGCUCAAUUAUAAAUAGAUUUACCAGAGUGGCUGGUGAGCUAUUUGGUAUGCUGAUAGCGAUGCUGUUUAUGCAACAGGCUAUUAAA